UUUGGCUCCAGGACUUCGUACCUCAUGUCGCUGCCACUGCAGGGUGGCCGCGUGCCCCGCGGGGCAGCGGGCGCGCGAUGACGUCGGCGCUGGCGGCGGCCCGGUGCUGCUUUCCGAGCUCGCCUUGUCCGUCGCUGGGGGGCACACUCACCUGCAGGCCCGUGGGGAACCCGGCCGACUGCGCCGAGACUGCUGGCGACGUCUUCGUCACCGGCGACGGCUUUCGAGCGGGCCUGUGGCACUGCGAGGCCCCCGCCGACUCGCAGGACGGGCUCCCCGGCUGGUCGGACACGCUUUGGCCCUUCCUGGUCAUCCCGGCGCUGGCGCUCGCGGGCGUGGCCGUGCUGUGGUUGGCGCUGGGAUGCGUGUACAAGUGCCUCGUCGGAGGGCGCCUGCAUCGGUUCGCAGUGACAUACAUAGGUUGCCUCGAGCACCCACAGCCGCGCAUCCCGGACUUCAUUUUCUGGGUCAACGCCCUGCAGAUCGCUGUCUCCACGGUCGAGGUGGCGAUCUUCGUGUCCGACACUUACGUGCGGGCGCCGCAGCUGGCGCAGCUGAGGCUGGUGGAGGCCCUAGGCGGCUUUUACUGUGUCGUCCACGUCUUGGUCCGAGGAGUUCAGAGCGAGUUCAAGCUCCACCCAUGUUGGGUGUCAGGCUGGCCGUGGACACGCUGACGGUACCUCACAUGCUCUUGAGCGCUCUGGCGCCGUCGCCAGACGGCUGGCUCUCGCUGAAGUUCCUCCGGAGUGUUGCGGCACUGCAGGCGUGGCAGCAGCUGCAGGCACUGGGUGGUGUCAGUAAGUCAGAAAAUCAAGAGAUGAGGAGGCUGGUGUUGAACUUCGGUCUCAAGUGCUUCUGCUUCCUCGUGUGCGCUGCCUGCUUGAUACUGUUGCUCGAAGUGCUGGGGGAUCCCGUGGACUUGCGCGACGGGCGGAUCGAAACAGACAUGGGCUACAUAGAUUUCUUCUUGCUGACCUAUUGGCUGAUCGAGACGCUUUCGACGGUUGGAUUCGGGGAUUAUGCACCACAGACGAUGCCCUCGAAGGCAGUGAUGAUAGUCUGCAUGCUGUCGGGCGUCACCGUGUUCACCCUGCAGCUGGGCAGCUUCAUGAGCAUCAUGGACCAGGAGCGCAAGGGCGCAGGCAGCUUCCACAAGAGCUACGGGAAGCCCCACGUGGUGCUUCUCGGCGGCGGGGUGCAGCAGAUAGACGAGACCUUCCUGCUCGCCUUCCUCGAGGAGCUGUUCCACGAGUCCUACCGGAACUCCUGGCCCGAGCUGGUGGUGCUGACCCUGGGGACCGAGCGGGUGACCAGGGUUCAGGACCUUCUGAGCGUGUCCCUCGACCGGGAGACAAGGCACUGCGUGCAGUGCCUCGACGGCUCGGCCCUGCACCCUCCGGAUCUCGCGCGCUGCCGCUGCGACUCGGCCCAGCUGGUGUUCGUGAUGGCUGACACCACCGGCGCCCCGGACCCCAUCCAGGAGGACAACGAGAACAUCCUGCGGGCCAUGAGCGUCUCGAUGCGCUACCCGCGCUCUCGGGUCAUGGUGAUGCUGCUGGCCCAGGAGUCGAAGAGCAGGGCGCUGAGCGUGGGCCUGCGCCCUCAGCACUGCUUCUCCGUGAUGGAGAUGAAGAACGGCCUCUUCUGGCGGUCGACCCACUGCAAGGGCCUCGUCACUAUGCUCUCUAACCUCAUGAUGACGACGGAGGACACGGCGAUCGAGGCCCCCGUGCUCGCGACCUACCCGUGGCUGCAGACUUACGCCGAGGGGCAGGGCCACGAGGUGUACGGGCUGCUGCCGGAGUCCGAGUUCUGGGGGCGGCCCAUCAGCGAGUUCGUGGAGCAGGCCUACCUGCGGAAGGGCAUUUGCAUCCUCGCGGCGCAGAUAGAAGGCGUGGUGGUGCUGAGACCGCUCAGGAGGCUGGACGCUGUCAGCAAAGACAUCGUCUUCUUCGCCCUCGCGCAGGAUGAGCUCAUGCUCCACGGCAUCGCCAGUCUGGCCACAGACUGGACGGAAGUAUUUACGAGCAACCAGAUGGCUAUGUUCAAGCGUGAGGACGCAGACGCCGAGAGGGAGAAUCUCUUCUGGCGAACCCAGCAGGCCCGCGGCUCGGAGACAUGGGUCCAGGGGGAGGCGAGCGCAGCGGCGGCGCAAGGGGUGGGCCCCACCGAGGACGAGGCGAGCCAGCAUCCCGUCGUCGACACGAGGUCCCCGAUAUCUAUAGGUCGCGUGAGCAGGAAUCACAUCCUGCGCUCGCAGAGCGUGGUCAGGCGCUUCUCGCUGGCAAGCGCCGAGGAUCCCUGGUCCGCCGCGGCGUCCGCCGUGCACGCCGCGGGCGCCGAGCGCGGCGACGCCGAGGAGACCACGGACGCGGCAACGCUGCAGCUGCAGAGGCAGAGGGUCUUUGCGCGCAGGUCCAGCGACCUGAGGAUGCUCACGCUGCAGGCGGAGCGGGCCCUGAACAUCAAGCAGAGAGCCUACUCCCGCAAAUUCUGCCUCGUGCUGGAGGGCUCGGGCUCGUGGAAGCAGCUGGUGGGCUUCAUCUCCGAGCGCAGCGCGCCUUUCCUGCCGUUCCGGAUGCCGGCGAUCGUGCUGUGUCCGGAGAUGCCCCCAGAGGGGGUGCAGGACUCUAGAGGCCUCCCAGAUGGGGAGCUGGCUGUGCUGGUCGGCAACAUCAGCGACAGGCGCGACCUGCUCGUUGCCGGGAUCGACAAGUCCAGCAUCGUCGUCUGCCUCGGCCACAGCGAGAGCAGCGUGACGGCCGAGGCCGCCACAGCCCUCCUCGACUCCGACGUCGUCACCCUGUACCGCAUCGUCAGCCAGAUGGCGCCUCCGACCUGCGACAUGAUCUUCGAGUUCAAGCGCACGCGGAGCUUCCGGCUCCUGCCCCGCGAGCAGAAGCUCCUGAAGAAGGCGCCGCAGCCGGAGCCUCUGCACCACGAGUCGCAGGCGGCAGCGGCGCCCGCGCUGGGCGGCCCCGGCGAGUGGUCCCGGCGCAGCCUGGGCGGCCACCUGGGCGAGCCCGAGUCGGCGCACCUCGACCCGCGCUUCGCCUCGGGCCGGCUCUUUGCCCCGCACGUGCUCGGCGCCCUGUUCGCGCGCAGCUUCCACACGCCCGGCAUCCUCGAGGUGAUGGAGGCGCUGGUCACGCACAGGGCCGAGGCCGAGGGCAGGGACGAGGUCGCCGAGCUGGUCUGGCUCGUGAAGCUCUGGCCGGAGUACGCCGGAAAGACGUAUGGAGACCUCUUCUGCGCGCGCCUCUCCGAUGCCAUGCACCCUGCAAUACUGUUGGGUAUCUACAGGAAAUGCCACGGGAACACCUCGCUGGGCAACAACGGAUUUGUCUGGACGAACCCGCCCAAGAAGACACGCCUUGAGCGCACCGACAUGAUCUACGUCCUGGCGAACCAAGACUUCGGCCGGUUGGCUCACACGUCGAACCUACUGCCCCACUCUCCGGCUGGCCUCACCAGCCUUCUGCUGAACAAGGUCGCCGGCUUCCAGGAUCGUCGCUCGCGAAUCGACACCGACAGAGAGUCUGGCCUGUCUGGGUCGCCGAGGUCUCCGAGGUCCCCGAGGAGGACUCCAAGGUCUUCCGGGCGGACUCAGAGGUGGUCUCCGAGAUUGUCCCCUCGAAUGUAGGCCUUCAAUGUUCAGUGGCAACUUUGGCUGGCUCCCCCUUGGCGUUCCCCCUCAGUGAUGGUCUCCGAGGCUGUCCCCUCAGAUGUAGGCCUCCUGUGUGUGCGCGUGUGUGUGUGUGUGGCCAGGAGACGCAAAGGCGGUCUCUCGAGGCAACCAACUGCGGCCUCGCAAAAUACACCAUCAUGACCGUGACGUGGCGGGGAGCAUCACGUCAUCCAGCACACGGUCUCUCUUUCUCUCUCUCUCUCUCUAUCUCUUUCCUUUUCCUUAUAGCAGCAGCAGCAGCAGCAGCAGCAGCACCAGCAGCAGCAGCAGCAGCACCCAGACAUCCGAUGUCAUGUUUUCUCACGACGCGGCUCGCCAGAGGUCAAGACCCCUUCCUGGGGACUGGCUUUUCAUCCCGUGCUGUUUUCUUAUUGUCCCAG